ACUCAUCCUAUGCAAAACAUGUGGAAUUUUUUCGUGUUUUGAUUGAUAAAAAAAAUGUUGAAAUAAAAUAGUUUUUAAUUCAUUUUUCUCGUUCAAAAAUGGGUAAAAACAGAGGUAACAAGAAUCUGGGCAGAGCCCUGAUCAAAGAUCGAUUUGGAAACAAACUCAAGAAAUUGAACAGCGAUUCAUUCCUUCAUACAUCCGAAUUGAAAGAUGGUUACGAUUGGAGUAAGCUGAAUUUAAACUCGGUCACUGAAGAAGAUUCCUUCAAGGAAUUCUUGUCUACUGCUGAACUCGCUGGAACUGAAUUUGCGGCUGAAAAACUAAACAUAACGUUUGUCAACCCGAAAUCUGGAGUUGGACUAUUAACAUCAGAAGAAACGAGAAAAGUGAAAGAUGAUCAAAAUAAGAAUAAAGAAUUGCUCAAAAUCCCUCGAAGACCGAAAUGGGACGAAAAUACAACAGCUGAAGAACUACAAAAUAAAGAGAAGGAAGAAUUUCUGGCUUGGAGAAGAAACCUAGCGUUGUUCCAAGAAGAAAGUGGAUUAUUGUUGACACCUUAUGAGAAAAAUCUUGAUUUUUGGAGACAAUUGUGGCGUGUCGUAGAACGAAGUGAUGUUUUAGUGCAAAUCGUCGAUGCACGAAAUCCGCUAUUGUUUCGCUGCGAUGAUCUAGAACUCUACGUGAAAGAAGUGGAUAAAAAGAAAUUGAACUUGAUCUUGUGUAACAAGGCAGAUUUCCUUACUCGGGAACAAAGACGUACUUGGGCCAAAUACUUCGACUCGAUAGGCGUCGCUGUGGUAUUUUUCAGCGCAUUGAAGUCCACUGAUAAUGACGACGAAGUUGCAAAUGAAAAUAUUCCAUCGGAAGGCGAAAGCGAACCUGAAGAUGAAGAUGAGGAAGAAUUUGAAGCUGGUGACGAUGAAGAUUUUGAAACUGAUGAAGAAGAAGAAAUAAUCGGCGAAGAAAGCGAAACUAAAACUCAAUACCAUAGACUUCGUAAUUCAUCUGAAUUAUUAAGCAGAUCUAAACUCAUCGAUUUUCUUCGAAACUUCCCCAUGCAACAAGAUGCAAAUUUCCAGAAAGAUAUCGUUACCAUUGGUCUUGUCGGGUAUCCGAAUGUAGGAAAAAGUUCUACCAUUAACGCAUUACUUACCUAUAAAAAAGUUUCCGUAUCAGCUACACCUGGAAAAACGAAACAUUUUCAAACUGUGUAUUUAGAUAAAGAUAUACUUCUCUGUGAUUGUCCUGGUUUAGUAAUGCCUAGUUUUGUAUUAACCAAAGCCGACAUGGUUAUAAAUGGUAUUCUACCGAUAGAUCAAAUGAGAGAUCACGUGCCUCCUGUAAAUUUAGUGUGUACUUUAAUUCCAAGAUAUACGUUAGAAUCUAAAUACGGAAUCAUGAUACCGAAACCUGAAGAAGGAGAAGAUCCCACUCGAGCUCCUCACUCCGAAGAAUUAUUAAAUGCUUAUGCUUAUAAUCGAGGUUUCAUGACCGCCAAUGGACAACCUGAUAAUCCUCGAGCAGCACGAUAUAUUUUGAAAGAUUACGUUAACGGUAAAUUACUCUAUUGUUAUGCCCCUCCGAAUACCGAUCAGAAAGAAUUUCAUACAUUCGAGAAACCAGCUGUAGAAAAACUCGAAGAAAAUAUUCCUAUUCGUACACUGAAAGCUAUCAAACCUUUUAAAGUAGCCACCAGAGAUCUCGAGUAUUCGCUGUUUAAAGAACAAUCGACAGCUAACUCGCACAGCAAAGGAUUGCAUAAAUUCGAUAGUCACGAAAUCCAGAAACUUGGCGUGAUAAACGCCGAGAAACCAACCACUUCAAAACCAUGGAAAAACCACAAAGAAAAACGUAACAAACACGAAAAAUUACGAAUAAAGUACAGAUGUUUAGACGAAUAAAUGAUAACUUUUGAA